AUGGCAGCCAAGAGCCCCACAAAUCCUGACAGUACAAAUAGGACCUGGCAAGUGUCACCUUCCAGAGCUGCUCCGGAGGCUGUCUGUACCACAGAGGUCCAGCUUUUGAAUAGCAGUUACCAAACUCACCUAUCAGAGCACACACAAUAUCCCAGAGUCCACAGUGGGAAAAUUAGGGCAUUUCCAGGAUCUAAUCUGCAUACAUUACAUGUGUCCAUUGCUGCCUCUUGCACACUAGAAAAUGCUAUCGUGCAAAAUGUGUUUUUCAGAUCCAUGUCUAGCAUUACUGAUGCUUUCCUGAAAGAAUCUUUGCAUCCUGGACACGAAAUUUUCUACUUAGGAAAGGAAGAAAUGGUUUUGAAGUUUAUUAAGGAAAUAGUUUUUAUCUUCAUGACUAUACUUGGCACUCUGGGGAACAUUUCUGUUUCUGUGAAUUAUAUGUUCAUUUGGUGGGGAGGCCCUGAGAGGAAACCCAUACACCUUAUUCUCAUCCACUUGGCUUUUGCAAACAUCAUGAUCCUUCUUGCAAAAGGAUUGCCAAAGACAAUAGCAGCUUUUGGUUUGAGAAACUUCCUAGAUGACAUAGGCUGUAAGAUCAUCGUUUACCUGGAGAGGGUGGCCCGUGGCCUCUCCAUCUGCACCAGCAGUCUCCUCACUGUGGUCCAGGCCAUCAUCAUCAGUCCCAGAGCAUCUGGGUGGAGGAGGCUCAGACCUAAGUCUGCAUGGCACAUCCUUCCAUUCUUUUCAUUCUUUUGGAUACUCAAUGAAGACAUUAAAAAGCAUCUGUUCACCCCAGAUAGUGUAAAAACUGUGCAAAGAAUUGGUUCCUUCGAAGUGGUGUUGAGUGAACCAGUUUCCUUGGAUCACCUGGGAACAUCUUCAUUUAUAGGUGCAUGGAAGUCAUCAAGCUACAUCUAG